AUGAGGCGCGCUGUUGAGACUUGCUAGGUGGUGGGCGGGGGCAGUGAGCGAGAGAGAGCCUUGCGUCUCCCGUAGCCAAGUCCUUCCACACUCGAGUGCGGCGACGCGACGGGCAGAGGCAGAGAGUAUUACUACUUCCAGUGUCUGCGCCGACCCAGCACUCUAUCCUCCGGGACAAGGAGCGUGUUUGGAGAUGCCCAAUGUGUUGCUGUGCAGCCGGUGGCCGCAGAUGUUGCUCCAAACUUUUAUUGGCAACACCGGUUGCCCCGUUAUUUUUCAAUCGCAAUGGGACGAAUGAAGGUGUCUGAAGCGGGAAUCUAAGGAAGAUAAAUCAUGUCGGUGCCGCUGCUUAAGAUCGGGGUCGUUCUGAGCACCAUGGCGAUGAUCACGAACUGGAUGUCACAAACGUUGCCGUCCAUCGUAGGACUCAACGCCACGGCACUGAACGUUGCGCCUCCGGGGGUUCCGGACCGGAGUACCGGAGUGCUGCCGGCGAACCCUGAGGACUCGUGGCAGGUGUACAGCUCGGCACAGGACAGCGAGGGCCGGUGUGUGUGUACAGUGGUUGCUCCGCAGCAGACCAUGUGCUCGCGAGACGCCCGCACUAAACAGCUCCGACAGCUGCUGGAGAAAGUUCAGAACAUGACCCAGUCCAUCCAGAGUCUGGACCAGAGGACCCAGAAGGACCUGCAGUACGUGCAGAGGAUGGAGGUCCAACUGCGGGGUCUGGAGACCAAGUUCCGACAGGUGGAGGAGAACCACAAGCAGAACACCGCCAAACAGUACAAGGCCAUUAAAGCCCGAAUGGAGGAGCUUAGGCCAAUGAUCCCAGUGUUGGAGGAGUACAAAGCCGAUGCUAAAAUGGUCAUGCAGUUUAAAGAGGAGGUGAGGAACCUGAGUGCAGAGCUCAGUGAGCUGCAGGAGGAGAUGGGCACCUAUGACUACGACGAGCUCCACAGCAGAGUGGCUAAUCUUGAGGAGAGGCUACGUGCAUGCAUGCAGAAAUUAGCAUGUGGGAAGCUGACAGGCAUAAGUGACCCCAUCACCAUAAAGACAUCCGGAUCCCGCUACGGUUCAUGGAUGACCGACCCAGUCGCCUCUGACGGAGACACGCGGGUGUGGUACAUGGACGGCUACCACAACAACCGCUUCGUGCGCGAGUACAAGUCCAUCGAGGACUUCAUGAACUCAGACAACUUCACGUCGCACCGCCUGCCCCACCCGUGGUCCGGCACGGGCCAGGUGGUCUACAACGGCUCCAUCUACUUCAACAAGUUCCAGAGCCACACCAUCAUCAAGUUCGACUUCAAGACCGCCUCCAUCAGCAAGACCAGCCAGCUGGACUACGCCGGCUUCAACAACAGGUACCACUACUCCUGGGGAGGCCACUCCGACAUCGACCUGAUGGUGGACGAGGGAGGGCUGUGGGCCGUCUACGCGACCAAUCAGAACGCGGGGAACAUCGUCAUCAGCAAGCUGAACCCCAACACGCUGCAGGUCAUCAAGAGCUGGACGACCAAUCACCCGAAGCGCAGCGCCGGAGAGGCCUUCAUGAUCUGUGGCACGCUCUACGUCACCAACGGCUACUCGGGCGGCACCAAGGUCUACUACGCCUUCCACACCAACUCCUCCACCUACGAGUACAUCGACAUCCCCUUCCAGAACAAGUACUCGCACAUCUCCAUGCUGGACUACAACCCCAGGGACCGGGCGCUCUACGCCUGGAACAACGGGCACCAGGUGCUCUACAACGUCACCCUGUUCCACGUCAUCCGCUCCGAGGAGCUUUAGACAGUUCCGCAUGCUGCUCCUCAGUGGCCUUCUCUGGGGGAGCAGUGUGUGUGUGUGUGUG